UUUUUCCGCGAAACUUAAGCUGGGAAGCUAAAGUGAGCCCGAAAAUGAGCAAAAAGGAUAACGGAGCGUCUGUGAUCCUGGCUUAUCUAAAUGAAAAGAACCGUCCUUACAGCGCUCAGGAUGUCUUCUGUAAUUUACAGAAGCAGCAUGGGUUGGGAAAAACUGCAGUGGUCAAAGCCAUGGAACUGCUGGCUCAGGAGGGAAAGAUAAAGGAGAAAAUCUACGGCAAGCAAAAGAUUUACUUUGCAGAUCAGUCUCAGUUCAGAGAUGUGAACGAUGCAGACCUUAAAGCCAUGGAUAAACAGAUUUCAGAGCUCAGUGCAGAGGUGCAGACUUUAACACAGAGCUGCAAGCAGCUAGAUACAGAACUGAAGGAGCUAAACUGCUCCCUCACAACGGAGGAAAUGAGAGCAGAAAUCCAGGAGCUGAAAGCGGAGUGUUCCGGGUACAGAGCGCGUCUGGAGAAAAUAAAGUCGGCUACUAAUCACGUCACGCCAGAAGAAAAAGAGAAGGUUUAUAAAGAGCGUGAUGUUUAUGUGAAAGAGUGGAAAAAGAGGAAGAGACUGGCUUCAGACAUGAUGAAUGCCAUCCUAGAGGGAUAUCCAAAAAGCAAAAAAGAGUUCUUGGAAGAAGUGGGAGUGGAAACGGAUGAGGACUGUAAGGUGGUUUUUCCCAACACCUGAACAAAACCACUACACAACCCAUGAAAGACUGAAUCAGACAUCAGAGCCACAGAGGAAACCUUAUUUAGAAACGUUCUUUGAAUAAAUACGUUUAACCGUUUGCAGCAUGUUUGUACAUCAGUAUUAGCUGAACUCUCCAUAUAAAUGUUUCAGGCCUGUGAUCUAAGAGGCAACAGUGUUUUUUGUUUUUUUUUUCUUUUAAAGCCAUAAAAGCAUCCGAGUUCACGGUAAAUAUGUCAACAUAUAAAUAUUAAGAGUUCUUGUACGUAUUUAAGCUGUUUAGAACUGUUUAUUUGUCCCCAUUUUAUAAACAAAAUGUUUCCAUUUAAUUUAAAGUUCAUGAUCACAUCAUCUCUAAUGUUCUAUCACAAUGCUUAAGUAUAAAUAAA